AUGGGUGGUAUGGUAGAAGGUAUCGUAGCUGACAUAAGCCACCGAAGGUCGCCUAUACCAAGUGGGGAGCUAGAGAUAAAGCUUAAGCUGUACUUUAGGCAUUCAAGUAUCUCUCUAGUAGAGCAGUUGGGAUCGUUCAUUGCCCGGUACGACUACGAGUUGGACAGACAACCAGUUGUAAGACAAAAUGAGGUAGAAGAAGCCGAAGAUCAACUUCAACUCGCCGUCAUCGCCCUCAACACCUUCCCAAUAAAACCUACGCCUUCUACCACCUGCACUACCACCCUCUACCACCUGCACUACCACCCUCUACCACCUGCACUACCACCCUCUACCACCUACACUACCACCCUCUACCACCUGCACUACCACCCUCUACCACCUGCACUACCACCCUCUACCACCUGCACUACCACCCUCUACCACCUGCACUACCACCUGCACUACCACCUGCACUACCACCCUCUACCACCCUCUACCACCCUCUACCACCCUCUACCACCCUCUACCACCCUCUACCACCCUCUACCACCCUCUACCACCUGCACUACCACCCUCUACCACCCUCUACCACCUGCACUACCACCCUCUACCACCUGCACUACCACCCUCUACCACCUGCACUACCACCCUCUACCACCUGCACUACCACCCUCUACCACCUGCACUACCACCCUCUACCACCUGCACUACCACCCUCUACCACCCUCUACCACCUGCACUACCACCCUCUACCACCUGCACUACCACCCUCUACCACCUGCACUACCACCCUCUACCACCUGCACUACCACCCUCUACCACCCUCUACCACCUGCACUACCACCCUCUACCACCUGCACUACCACCCUCUACCACCCUCUACCACCUGCACUACCACCCUCUACCACCUGCACUACCACCCUCUACCACCCUCUACCACCUGCACUACCACCCUCUACCACCUGCACUACCACCCUCUACCACCUGCACUACCACCCUCUACCACCUGCACUACCACCCUCUACCACCUGCACUACCACCCUCUACCACCUGCACUACCACCCUCUACCACCUGCACUACCACCCUCUACCACCCUCUACUACCUGCACUACCACCCUCUACCACCUGCACUACCACCCUCUACCACCCUCUACCACCUGCACUACCACCCUCUACCACCUGCACUACCACCCUCUACCACCUUCUACCACCUGCACUACCACCCUCUACCACCUGCACUACCACCCUCUACCACCUGCACUACCACCCUCUACCACCUGCACUACCACCCUCUACCACCUGCACUACCACCCUCUACCACCUGCACUACCACCCUCUACCACCCUCUACCACCCUCUACCACCCUCUACCACCCUCUACCACCCUCUACCACCCUCUACCACCCUCUACCACCCUCUACCACCCUCUACCACCCUCUACCACCCUCUACCACCCUCUACCACCUGCACUACCACCCUCUACCACCCUCUACCACCCUCUACCACCCUCUACCACCCUCUACCACCCUCUACCACCCUCUACCACCCUCUACCACCCUCUACCACCCUCUACCACCCUCUACCACCCUCUACCACCCUCUACCACCCUCUACCACCCUCUACCACCCUCUACCACCCUCUACCACCCAGAUUAUGUCACAAUCACACUACCGAGCGUGCCGUGCCGGUCGACCAGGACUUGGUGGUGACAGAGGAGCAAAUGGUAUUCCUGGAACUGAUGGAAACCCCGGUAGUCCAGGAUUGCCUGGUAACGGAGGAACGGACGGUACACCGGGUGAAGUAGGAGAUAUGGGUAACGCCGGACUUCCGGGAAGAAACGGAUAUCCUGGCCGACCUGGAUACAGAGGAGACGCAGGAAGCACAGGAAAAUCAGGGUCACCAGGACAACCAGGGUCACCGGGAUGUCCAGGACUAGAUGGAGAUGCAGGACGUAACAUGGCCGGAACCCGUGGAGCAAGGGGAGACCGUGGUGAACCGGGUACACAAGGAACUGAAGGUACUAAUGGUGAUCCCGGAAGAGACGGAAACCCCGGACGAGAUGGACUUGCUGGUCGACCUGGAUAUGCUGGAAACAGAGGACUUCCAGGGACCCCGGGAACACCAGGAACCUCUGGAGCAAAAGGAGAAAGGGGACAAAAGACCGUUAUUCCUGGAAAGCCUGGAAAUCCUGGAUAUCCUGGACGUGGCUUCCCUGGCAGAGCUGGCCUCCGGGGAGAUCCUGGAACCGAAGGAACACCAGGUAACCCAGGACAGCCUGGUGACAAGCUGGAGCUAGGACCUGGACCUGCUGGUAACCCUGGUUUACCAGGUCGACCAGGAUCUAGAGCAGCCGGUGGAGACGCUGGUCCUCCCGGACCCCCUGGACCCCCAGGUUAUGAUGGAAUCUCUAGAGAUGGAUACCCAGGAAGGGCCGGUACACCCGGUUACCGAGGAGAAUCUGGGCGUCCAGGUACACCUGGUACCAAGGGAGAAAUUGGAGAUGCUGGAACUCCAGGAACCCCUGGUUUCGGAACUAACGGUCUGCCUGGUGAAAAUGGACGCGACGGAAGAAACGGCAGUCCAGGACGAAGCGGAUAUCCAGGUAACCCAGGAACUCCCGGUAAGCUGGGAUCAGAACCAGGAAUACCCGGAGCAGAUGGCACUUCCGGACUGGCUGGAGCUGAUGGGAAUCCAGGCUACCCUGGCAGAGCCGGGUACGCAGGAAGACCAGGAGAAACUGCAGUGGGAACACCUGGUAAAGCAGGAGUAAGAGGAGAGGACGGAGUACCAGGCAUGGAUGGAUCACCUGGAAACCCUGGGUUACGAGGAACCAAUGGACGCCCUGGUAACAAAGGUGCAGCAGGAGACCCAGGUGCCCCUGGGUUCGGAACACCAGGCAAAGACGGAACUCCUGGAUCUCCUGGAUCAACUGGAGGAAAGGGACUCAGAGAAGAUAACGGUAGAAACGGAAACCCUGGACGAAGUGGACGACCUGGAUUUGACGGUGCUCGAGGAACCCCAGGGAGUGACGCUGGUAAAGGAGAAAUGGGAGAUGCUGGAUUUGACGGAAACCCAGGGUUCCGAGGAAACCCGGGAAGUCCUGGUAAAAGAGGAUCCCCAGGACCUGCAGGUCUUGCUGGGGAGCCUGGCAGUCCGGGUAGAAAUGGAUUCCCUGGUAGGGAUGGUAACCCUGGUAGAGCUGGAGUUCGUGGAGACAGGGGCAACCCUGGAACACCUGGACUUAAUAUGAACCAGCCCGGAGCCCCAGGAGCUCCCGGAGCAAAAGGACGACCAGGAAACCCCGGCUGGGGCGGAUUCCCUGGCAGUCCUGGUUCACCCGGAAGACCCGGAAACCCCGGAAGACAGGCAGGUCUCCCUGGAUACCACGGAACUCCUGGAGCCGAGGGGAAAUGUGGGGAUCCCGGACCAGACGGGACGCUCCUGGGAGGUGGCUUCAGUAUCGAGCGAGGCAGACCCGGUCCUCCAGGGAGAUCAGGGGUGACCAUGAGAUCCGAAUACGCUCAAAAUUCAAAUUCAACAAUACACUAUCCACUCGCAAACCAAUCAAGCUCCUUCCUGCAGCUUCGACUUGAAUGA